AUGGGCACUACAGAAUCUUCUCAAACGUCCGAAUUGGGUGCCAUUGCUGGACUUAAUAAUCAAUCAUCAUUUCAUCGACAAUCACCUAAUGUUGCACGUUUAAUACGAAGUGAAAAUUCAUCAAAAAUGGAAUACGAAUUUCCGAUAACCGGCGCUCCUCCUAAUGACUCCCUACAUCAUCAUCAUCACCACCACCAUCAUCAUCAUGAUGGUACGAAUAAUAAUUCGGCAAUAUCCGGAAAUAAUAAUCGUCAUGGUUACUCGCCUUCACAUCAAAAUAGUUCAACGAAUUCUCCACAACAUAUGAAUCAUAGCGGCCAUACUUUAGGUAAUUAUGACAAUAUGUCACAUUCAAAAUUGCAUUCAAGUCAAACAUCAAAUAUAUGGAUAUCAUUAACAAGCUGUUUUGGUUGUCGAACACGUGGCUCGGAUAAUUUAUCAAUGAAUUCCUUACGUGAUAAAGUGCAUGCUAUACGUAUCGUUCGUGCAUCGAAUGAUCUUACACCAGCGGUAUUCGAUUCUCAUUAUAAUAUAAUAACUCUUGAACAAUUACGUGAAUGCGAUAAUACGGGAACUGGAAAUAUGAAUUCAUUACCAAACGAUUUAUCUGAUCCAUUACCAAUGCAAAACCCUGAUCCUACUAUACCUGCUCAAAAUGGUAACGGAUCAGUGACAACUCCGCCAUCAUCAUCAAAAAAAGAUAAUAAUCAUCGAAUGAAAAAGAAAAAGAAAAAACGAGCGGCGGCAACAUCAGCUUAUUCAUCUAAAACUCCGUAUUCGGAUGAUGAUGAUGAUGAAGGAUCUGAACGGACGUAA